CCUCGAGCCGGGAGCUCGGGUUAAUCGCUCUAUGAACAAUCGAAUUUAAUUUGAUUACAAUUCAAUCGCGACAAAAAAUAGUUGUUUUGUUUUAUAUUAGCGUUUGUGCAGACAUACAUAUAUCUAUAAUGCUAUACUGAGAAUGUCCAACGCACAUAACAACACCAUUGGAGCUGUUAUCGUUUGACUAAACAGAGAACAAUGGCGGACAACGUCGCCUUCGAUGACGAGAAGUUGGUGGUAGGCAGCCCCAACCAACGAAACUGGCGUGGUAUUCUCAUUGCCCUACUCGUCAUAGUACUGGUGCUGGCCCUGAUCGUGACUUCCGUGGUGCUUCUGACCCCACCCGAUGAAGGACCUAGGGUGAAGGGCAGAAGGUUGAAGAUACAGGACCUGGUUACGGACGAGCUAGUGCCUGUUAGAUGGAAUGGGACCUGGAUUUCCGGUGAUGAGUUCGUGUACCGCGACCCGUGGGGUGGUAUCAGCCUCAUGUUUGCUGCGAAUCAGACGUCCAAAACCUUGAUGCCAAACACGACAUAUAGGGUCCUAGAGCCAACAUCGUUCUCUUUGUCCGCCGAUCGACGGUUUCUUCUACUCGCCCAAUCACCACGGAAGCUGCAUCGGUAUUCAUUCCUGGCCAGAUAUACUGUCUACGAUAUACUUACGACAGAAUCGUAUCCUCUAACACCUCUGCCAGAUGAAGUUGGUGGCGGUGUGAUCUCCGAGGGUCCCCUACUCAUCCUCGCAAUGUGGACCCCAAAGGGACACGGCCUGAUUACGGUCAAAGACUACGAUAUCUAUUAUAGACCUGCCCCGCGCUCCUCAACGGGGUAUCGGGUCACAGAAACCGGUAUUCCGGGGACCAUUCAUAAUGGAGUACCAGACUGGCUGUAUGAAGAAGAAAUCCUGAAAUCCCGUCAAGCACUUUGGAUGUCAGCCGAUGGUCACAUGAUGCUGUACGCCACAUUCAAUGAUACACUGGUUCACGAGCAGAAGUACCCCUGGUAUGGAACCGCUUUGGACACAGAUGAUCCUUCAAAGACAUACCCGGAGAUCAGAUCAGUGCGAUACCCGAAGCCGGGAACGACAAACCCAACGGUGAAACUGACGGUUGCGGACAUAGCAGACCCGAAACAUAUCAGAACAAGGCAUUUGACACCACCCAAAGUUAUCAUAGAAGAAGGUGACUACUACAUCACAAGUACUCAGUGGGUGUCACUCACUGAAGUGUGCGUCGUGUGGCUGACAAGGGUUCAGAACUUAUCAAUUGUAUCUGUCUGCAAGAGUCCCAUGUGGUACUGUCAAGAGGUCUACCGAAUAGCAUCAGGUACAGAAGGUUGGGUGGAAUCAGCGCCAACUCCUCUCUGGUCAGCUGGUGGUGGGGCUCUAGUCACAUUGGCUCCCAUAAGAGACGGACCAGCUGGUCUGUUUCGCCACGUGGUGCGGUCUGAACACAAUUCGCACGGACCUAGGGCUUUGCCCCUUACGCAUGGGAGCUUCGAUGUGGUCCGGCUGCUUGCGUGGGACCAUGUUAAUCAGCAUGUUUAUUACCUGGGUAUACCAGAGGGAAAAUCCGGGCAACGGCACUUAUACCGGGUGUCGUCAGAGCCACCUCGUCCGGGAACGCCGCACAAGCUACCAUAUUGCGUCACUUGUUUAUCUCAUCCUCUACCAUCGAUAAACCUGGACUAUUAUGGAAACCUAGCUUCGUAUCUAUACAGCUCCUGGGACAGCGAUUCCGAUGAGGAUCUGCCUACAUCACCGGCUCCAAGUAAGAAGAAAAAGAAAAAAGUAGUUGAAAACAAACCCCGCAAUUUGCCGUGUCUGUAUCACGAUGCCCACUUCAGUCCGUCAUCAGCGUACUUCGUGCUGGAGUGUCUUGGACCUGGUGUACCCACUUCAGGUCUCUACAAAACUGCUCUGCCUGAACCAAGGCUCAUUAUGCAUUUGGAGAAUAAUACAUCUGUUAAGGAACGACUUUCAGGCAUAGCUUUACCAACCCCUAGAACGUUCUCAGUUCAGCUAUCAAGUGGUCACGCGGCGCGGGUGAGGCUUUUACUGCCUCCGGGGCUCAGAGAAGAUGAGGUCACGAAGUAUCCUCUAGUGCUUAAAGUGCAUGGAGUACCAGGCACACAGCUAGUAACAGAGGAGUGGAAAUUAGAUUGGGGCUCUUUAGCCUCCAGCGGAGGUGCCAUAUUAGCAAUGGUGGAUGCUAGAGGUGCUGGCGGAAGAGGUCUUGCGGCUCACCAUGCCUUACACAGACGUCUUGGGACUGUCGAACUGGCUGAUCAGCUAGAAGUAUCAGAAUACCUCCGUGAAUCCCUUCACUUCGUAGACGGGCGUCGAGUAGCCGUCUGGGGCGAAGGCCACGGGGGUUUUCUCGCUGCGCUGGCGCUGGCCAGUACGCUGAAUGUCUUCCACUGCGCUAUUGCUAUUAGUCCUAUUGUACGCUGGCGGUAUUACGCUUCAGCAUACGCGGAGCGGUAUAUGGGUUUCCCCAACGCAACAGGCAACUACCGUGGGUAUGCUGAUGCAGAUGUGACCAAACAGGCCCUCGCUUUAAGAGACAAGAUGCUGCUACUGGUACAUGGUACCGCUGAUGAUACUGUGCACUUGCAGCAGACUAUGGCGCUGGCUAGGGCGUUGGCUGAGCAGGGUUCUAUGUUUAGACAGCAGAUCUACCCAGACGAAGGUCAUACCUUAGACGGAGUCAGGCGUCACUUAUACCGUACAAUGUCCACAUUUCUGGACGAAUGCUUUAGGAAGCAGGUGCCUCCUGAGACCAAGGCUGGUCUUCGGAAUGGUGGAAACCUUGACUGAGGAACGUGGGGCGAGGAGGAGCUGUACUCUUGGUAACCUGAAUAGGACUUCUUGUUAUUUGAAAACCUGUAGUACAAUUGUAUCCAUAUCCUCGUGUGGUUCAACUUUGAUUUGGGACUUUCUACUUCUUAAGAUUGUUUAGUGCGACUAUUUAAAAAUAUCUGACUAUUAAGGUAAAUUUGCUUAGGUAUAGCCCGAUCAAUGAAAUUAAAAACCUGCUCUGAGGGCGCUAAUUUUCUAUGAUUGCAACACUAAGUAACUAGUGUACACAUAUUUUAAUAUAAUUAUUUAUUGCAGAAAUAAAAUUUAAUUUACAAGAGUUUAUGUUUUAAAUGACACUGGCAACCAAUAAUGACAUCUUUAAGAUUGUUGCCAUUUGAUACUUCAUAGUUCCGAUUCCACAACAUGGCGAGGUUUUUUAUUUUAUUGGUCAGGCUUAGUCAUUUGGGAUUUGACGAAAAAUCACGUC